GGAGAGAGGAACUUCCGGGUUUAUGCAAGUUGUCAACAGUUUGCUGAAGAUAAAUAAACAUGUAGAUAGUGCGAGAGCAGAACGCUACCCUUGUUUUUCCCUGGAGAGAGAGAGAGACGGGAGAGUAAAAGACGGACAGACACCGCGGAAAGCACAAGUAGCUAGUUAAAACUAGAAUUGUAGGUUAGUUCCUGUAGUUAGUUUUAAGUCACUUGUCCCAGGCCAGCUAACAGAUAACUCCAGCCUGCUCUCCCUCUCCUCUACUGAUGCCUGUCUCUGUCGGGGCUCCAUGGAAGAGCUGCUAGUACAGGGCGGACCGGGACUGCAGCAGAUUCUCCUCACCCUUUUGCCCCAUGCCCUGAUCCAAGUACGGUCCCUGCUCAUCUCUCCGGUCCAACGGGAUAUUAUAACCGUGGGGUGAGCCUGGAAACGGGAGCUUACGGCCCGAUAGAGCUUGCGGUGAUUGGGCGAGGAGUAUUUUUCCAACUCUUUCUACAAUUUUUUUAUUUUUAUAAAAGUCUGAUUUUUAUAAAGUUGACAUUUUUAUUUAUCCCAACAUCCAACUGGUGAAGGUUAUGCAGCGCGUCUGUUCGGCUGUGAUGAGAUGUCGUCAUGUGAGUCAUAGAGGCGACCAUCAAACAAGAUGAGUGGAGGGAAGAAGAGGAGUGGCUUCCAGAUUACCAGUGUGACGUCAGACUACACUCAGAGCUCCGGGGAAGCCCCACCCCCUGCCCAGGCCUCUAGCCAAUCAAAUCCCUCCCCUCCAUCCUCCAGCCAAUCCACUGCUUCCUCCCAGCCUGGCCCCUUCCACCAGCAGGGAAGCACCUCCCAGCCGACGACUCCCCUCUCGCUGAGGAAAUGCAACUCCCAAGAUGCCACGGGACAGGGAUCCAGGUUCCGUGUCGUCCGAUUGGGCCAGGGCCACAGAGAACCCUAUCACCGGGGGCGAUGGACCUGCACCGACUUCCUGGAACGGGAGGAAGGGUUCGGGUUUAGACGGGUGAUUGACAGCAUGAGACACGCCCACUCUCUGGAGUCGCUUGAGGGGAUUGGUCUAGAGAGGGGAGGGGCUGCAGGCGGGCUGCUGGGGAACGUGCGUGCGCUCAGGACGGGACACCUUGUGCACUCUCAGGGUACCUCCCACUUGCUGGCCCAGCCAAUAGGGUCAGAUGGGGAGAGGUUUGGAGGGCUGAAGCCCCUCCUCCUCCACAGCGGCCCGUCCUCCCCCACACACCUGGACAGACUCCACUUACGAUUGGUCAACUCCACGCCUCCUCCACCCAGCCCCCGCCCACGCAACAUCCCCCCUCCUCUACGCCUGGAUGUGGACGCUACCGGGAGGUCCCUGUUGAGAGUGUCUAAUUCCCAGCCCAGCUCCCCCCUACAGGAUAGAGAUGGUGUGUUCCCACCCAGUUUGACACCCAUCCAGACUCCUUCGGGCUGGUCCAUGUUCGGCUCCGGGGGGGGCAUCCAUCUGCCGGGGGAUGACAGUGGGUCGAGCAGCAGCAUGAUCGCAAUAGACAACAAGAUAGAGCAGGCAAUGGACCUUGUAAAGACCCACCUGAUGCUGGCGGUCAGAGAGGAAGUGGAGUUGCUAUGGGAACAGAUUAAAGAACUAUCAGAAAGGAACGCCCAGCUGGAGAGAGAGAACUAUAUCCUGAGAACUCUGAGAGACUGACAACAGCAACAGCCAUGUUACGCUCCUGCAGUAGUCCUUCCAGAAUACAUACAGCAUUACUGAUUCUCUCUAACUGCAGAAAACAAGAAUAAAUAACUUACUUAAAACCUG